AUGGCCAGAAAUCAUCAAGAAGAUUUAAACAACUGCAUUAUGAGAAGAACAGCACUUGUCGCUAGAGAGCUCGCACGCUACAACAUUGACAUUGCAGCCCUUAGCGAAACUCGCCUUGCUAAUGAAGGACAGCUAUCCGAGUCAGGCGGUGGCUAUACAUUCUUCUGGAGUGGCCGUAGCAGUGAUGAGCGUCGCGAAUCUGGAGUUGGCUUCACCACCAAGAAUCAUCUUGUUCGGAAACUUGCCAGUUCCCCCAAGGGUAUGAAUGACCGGCUUCAAAAAGGAAAACAAGCUACUUUGAUCAGCGCAUAUGCUCCUACAAUGACCAACCCAGAGGACGUGAAGGAUAAAUUCUACGAAGAACUAGAUACUCUGCUAUCGUCAGUGCACUGCACAGACAAGCUAAUUCUGCUUGGCGAUUUUAACACAAGAGUCAGAUGCGAUGCCGCAGCCUGGGAAGGAGUCAUCGGGAAAAAUGGAGUGGGAAAGUGCAACAGCAAUGGCCUGUUACUGCUGAAAACUUGUGCAGCACAUGGCCUUCUGAUCAGCAAUACAGUCUUCCGCCUUCCUACCCGUAACAGGACUUCGUGGAUGCAUCCCCAUUCAAAGCACUGGCAUUUGAUCGAUUAGGUCAUCAUCAGGAGAAGGGACAGACAAGAUGUCAGGGUUACAAAAGCUAUGUGUGGCGCUGACUGUUGGACGGAUCAUAGGGUCAUAGUAUCCAAAAUGAAGCUCCGUAUCAUGCCGAAGAGACGACCACAAGGCUGUAAGGCUCUCAAAAGGAUCAACGUGUCGAAGCUGAAGAACAGCCGCAUCACUGAAAAUCUAGCGGAAGACCUAGAGAAUGAGCUUGCUGAUCUUCGUAUUGAGGAUGACGCUGAGAAAGACUGGGAGCGAUUCUGCAACACUGUCCAUACAGCUGCAUCGAAGGUAUUGGGGCCCUCCACAUGCAGGCGGCAAGACUGGUUUGACGAAAAUGAUGCAGAAAUCCAGGCCUUACUUGCUGAGAAGGGAACCAUUCCACAGGAAUUUAGAGACGCGUCCAUCUUGCACCUCUAUAAGAGGAAGGGCAAUCGCCAGGUCUGCGACAAUCACUGUGGAAUCUCGCUGCUUUCUACAGCGGGGAAAGUUCUUGCACGGGUUCUGUUGAACCGAUUGAUCACUCACCUGGAGAAGGGCUUACUGCCAGAAUCACAGUGUGGCUUCCGCAAGGGUCGUGGGACUAUUGACAUGAUCUUCGCUGUGCGUCAGCUACAGGAGAAAUGUCAAGAGCAGAAUCGUGAACUCUGCACAACUUUUGUGGACCUCACGAAAGCAUUUGACUCUGUCAGUCGCCAGGGCCUGCGGAGGAUCAUGUCGAAAUUUGGCUGUCCAGACAGAUUUAUACGAAUGGUACGUCAGUUUCAUCACGGUAUGAUGGCUCGUGUCCUGGAUGACGGUGAAACAUCUGAGGCCUUCCCAGUCACCAACGGCGUCAAGCAAGGGUGUGUUUUAGCACCCACUUUGUUCAGCAUGAUAUUCUCUGCCACUCUGACUGAUGCCUUUCAACACUGCACUGAAGGAGUAGGCCUGAAGAAUAGAACUGAUGGGAAAUUAUUCAUACUGAGCCAGAAAUGCAAGCCAACAGUGGACCACUUCAUGUACCUGGGCAGUACCCUUUCCCAAGCAGUGUCAAUCGAUGAAGAAGUAAACUGCAGAACUGCUAAAGCCAGCUCUGCAUUUGGCCGAUUGCGCUUCAAUGUUUGGGAAUGUCGAGGGAUCAGCCUAUCAACGAAGCUGAAGUUCUACCGAGCAGUGGUGCUUCCAACUCUGCUGUACGCCUGCGAGACGUGGACUGUCUAUCGCAGUCAUGCACGAAGGCUCAAUCACUUCCACAUUUCCUGUCUGCGAAAGCUUCUAAAAAUCAGAUUGCAGGACAAAGUGCCCGAUACUGAUGUCCUUAUUAGAGCCAGUCUGCCGUCAGUUCACACAUUGCUGAUGAGAGCCCAGACCAGGUGGGCCGGACAUGUUGUGAGAAUGUCAGAUGAACGCAUUCCUAAACAGUUCUUCUAUGGAGAACUCACUCAGGGAAAGCGCUCCCAUGGAGGACAAAAGAAGCGAUUCAAGGACACGCUGAAGACCUCUUUGAAGUCCUUCGAGAUCAACACCGCCACAUGGGAAAUCUUCGCACUGAACUGUUCAGCAUGGCACAGCCUCAUUCACACAGGCAGUAAUACCUGUGAGGCAAGGCAUAUUGCUGAGGCUGAAAAAAAGCGUGAGCUGCGCAAGUCCAGAGCUGCUCGUACAUCAUCGACAGUGCCAUUACAUGUUUGCCCGACGUGUGACAGGAUGUUCCACGCCUGA